AGAACUCUGGGUUGUCGAUUUUUACGUAAAAUUGUCAAAAAUAUAUUGAUAUCGUUGAAUCUAAUGUUUUGUGAUAUAUAAUUUAUACAAGAAUUUUAUAUACAUUUUAAUAUUUCAACAUGAGUGAUAAACUAGGAAAAGAAAAAUGGACGAUUGAGAGGAUGACGAUGGAAGCAGCAGAAGACUCUACACCGGAUUAUAACGAGAGUACUGUACCUCCGAAAAAUAAUCCCGGACGAACAUUCAGAGACGGUGUUCGUAAAAUAGAUCUAAUCCUAGUUGUGAAAGAUGAAGAAAACAUAAUAACUGACACCAUGAAAAAUAAUUUUCUUACCAACAUUGUUAAAACGGGAUUUGAAAUUGAAUUUGAAAAAGGUGUAUUGCCGAUUAACAAGAAGUUAGUAUUUUUUAAAGUGCAUUGUCCGAAUGAUGUUCUGAACAAUUUAGGAAAUGCUUAUGGCAUAAAGUGUCUUCAGAUUGCUCGAGCCGAACACAUUAUGUCAUACAACGAACGCGAGUGGAUAAAUUUAAUAAGAAAGCAGUACACACAACCAUUGCAAUACUCGAGCUUGGAGAGAAGCCUCGUAGUUUAUAUGACCUUGCUGAACGUUCCGUUUGGUGACAGACAAAACUAUAUAGGGCUGGAAAGAUUAAUGAAACGCAAUAUUGUGAUAGAUGCCUACGCGUUGCAUGACGGACCGUACUUUAUAACACAAGACGCUACAAAUAUUAAUGCUCGUCAGAUCCUAUUUUACAAUUGGGUCGGGUUUAGGAAUAUAUUUACCAGACAGCCUUUAAACGUGGUGCAUGAAUACUUUGGACCAAAGGUUGCAAUGUACUUCGUUUAUUUUGGACUUUACAAUAUAUUUCUGGCGAUUGCGUCCAUAGGAGCUCUAACGACACUCUUCUUAGCUGUAUUUCUAAAUGAAAAUUACAUGGAUUUGAGAACAGAGAUAUGUAAUCGGCAAAACGAAUCAAUUUGCUUUGAUUGCAUGCCUAUUACGAAUGGUUUAAGGUGUUACUAUGACACUAUUGAUGCCUUUUGUUAUUAUUAUAAAAUAAAUGUCUUAAUAGAUAAUAAGUAUGCACCAUAUUUCGCGGCAUUUAUCCUUCUCUGGGGUAUGUGUUUCACAUCGUACUGGUAUGGAAGAGAAAAAUAUUUUAAUUGGAUAUGGGAAGCGCGUAAUAAAUUCUUCAACAGAAAACUAAUAAGACCUGAAUUUGAGCUUAAUGUGGACACAUCGCCAAAAUCAAAUAAAACAGGCAUUGUCGUUAGUAAACAUCGCGAUUAUAAAAUUAAAACCUUAUUAUGUUAUAUAGCUGUCAUUUUAUUGGAUGCAUUUAUUUUUGUUGUCUUUGCGCGUCGACCUAAGAAUUAUUUUUGGUAUGGCGUAAACGGACUUAUUAUAAGAGCGAUAGUUGUGACGAUUGGUUUCGUCAUAGUUCUCUUGAUCAUUGACUUUAUUUAUGGCAAGGUUGCGAGUUAUAUUGUUCGAAUGGAAAAUCAUAAAUCCUAUGCAUCGUGCAGUCGCUCCCUUGCAAAACAGCAGUAUAUAAUGUGUUUGCCUGUGCCUUUGAUGGUACUUUUCAGUUAUGGAUAUCAUCCGGCAGUUUUUGAUUUUGAAAUGCAGCGCGGUUAUAGAAGAGAUGGCUACUAUCUACAAGAUCAUACGUGCAUGAUGACGUCAUGUGGCACCGAGCUUUUCGUUGCAUUUUCACUGGUACUAGUUCUAAGAUACGUCAUAUUCAAAAAAUUGUCCCUUUAUUCAAGUGUAACUGAUUAUAAUCAACGUGCGAUAGUCGAAACCGUUCCGUGCUGGGAGAGAGAAUUUGUUUUACCUCGAUUUGAUGAAAAUAUCUUAGCAAACAAAAUGACGAUUCUUGUAAUUCAGUUAACCUUAAUCAUGUCCUUUGGUUUUGGGUGUCCGCCCGCCAUAUUGAUUGUAUUGUUCUUCAACAUGUACUACAUGAGGCGUGAUGCAGAAUUAUGUACACUUUACUAUCGAAGACCUCUGCUUCUGAAAAAUAAUUCCUUUGACAUAUGGACUAAAAUUUUGAAACUUAUGGUUUAUUUAGCCAUCGUUGUAAACGUUGUGUCAUUCGUAUGCUCCACAGAUACUAUCGAACUAUAUUUACGUGAGCAAAGAAAGGCAACCGGUAAUACACUUGCUCAAUAUUUAGACCUUUAUUUUUACAAGUAUCCACUGGGCGGUGGCGUGAUGUGUUAUACGCGUACAUACAUACAUCUAUCUCGGUAUAGUAGGGUUGAUAGGGAUGCAUUGACUAACGACGAAUUGAAGACUUAUCAAUAUAUGUACAUAGUUAUUUUUGAGAUUCUCAUGGCUGCAAUAUUCUUAAUAUUGCAAUAUAUAUUUUCAAUUGACGUUGACGAAAAGGAAAUACCUAAAAAACGAGAGCGAGAAAAUUAUGACGAAUCAAGAUCAAAUUCUGGCACAUAAGAUACUUGAAUAGAGAAAUAUACCUAUCUUCUCAUAAUUAUUGUUAAAAUUGUAAAAAUUCAAUAUUAA